AGUGCUGAGCGUGCUCCCUGCCAUGGACAUCCCGGGCUUCCCUUCACCGGCGCCCGCGACCUUGGAACCCGGCAACGCCUCCCUGGCCUGGCCGCCGGACGCCACCCCGGGGAACGGGUCGGCGGCCCCGAGCGCGGCAGGACUGGCUGUCCGCGGCGUUCUGAUCCCGCUGGUUUACCUGGUGGUGUGCGUGGUGGGCCUUCUGGGCAACUCCCUGGUCAUCUACGUGGUCCUGCGGCACACGGCCAGCCCCUCGGUCACCAACGUGUACAUCCUCAACCUGGCGCUGGCCGACGAGCUCUUCAUGCUGGGGCUGCCCUUCCUGGCGGCCCAGAACGCCCUGUCCUACUGGCCCUUCGGCUCCCUCAUGUGCCGCCUGGUCAUGGCCGUGGACGGCAUCAACCAGUUCACCAGCAUCUUCUGCCUCACCGUCAUGAGUGUGGACCGCUACCUGGCCGUGGUGCACCCAGCCCGCUCCGCCCGCUGGCGCACGGCCCCCGUGGCCCGCACGGUCAGUGCGGCCGUCUGGGUGGCCUCGGCGGUGGUGGUGCUGCCCGUGGUGGUCUUCUCGGGGGUGCCCCGGGGCAUGAGCACCUGCCACAUGCAGUGGCCGGAGCCGGCGGCAGCCUGGAGAACCGGCUUCAUCAUCUACACGGCCGUGCUGGGCUUCUUUGGGCCGCUGCUGGUCAUCUGCCUGUGCUACCUGCUAAUCGUGGUCAAGGUGCGCUCGGCCGGGCGGCGGGUGCGCGCGCCGGCCAGCCAGCGGCGGCGGCGCUCGGAGCGCAGGGUCACGCGCAUGGUGGUGGCCGUGGUGGUGCUCUUCGUCCUCUGCUGGCUGCCCUUCUACGUGCUCAACAUCGUCAACGUGGUGUGCCCGCUGCCCGAGGAGCCCGCCUUCUUCGGCCUCUACUUCCUGGUGGUGGCGCUGCCCUAUGCCAACAGCUGUGCCAACCCCAUUCUCUACGGCUUCCUGUCCUACCGCUUCAAGCAGGGCUUCCGCCGGGUCCUGCUCAGGCCUUCCCGCCGCGUGCGCAGCCAGGAGCCGGCCGCGGGGCCCCUGGAGAAGACGGAGGAGGAGGAUGAGGACGAGGAGGACUGCGAGGACCCAGGGGCGGGGGUGGGGAAGCAGGGGCGGGGGAGGGAGACGAACGGCCGGGUCAACCGGAUCGCACAGCCGGGCCCCAGCCGGCAGGAGCCGCCCAAGAGCAGCAUUGCGGGCAAGGAGCGGCAGUUUCUACCCCAAGAGCCCGCAGCGGCCGAGAAGGCCGGUGCGCCGCACAUCAGCUAUCUGUAGGGGCCAGGCGAGGGCCAGGCUGGCCCAGGGCUCCAC